AUGCGUUUCCAACUCGUCGCCGCUUUCGCCGCCAUGGCUUCUGCCGUCGCUCUUCCCACCACCAAUGAUGCGGAGAACCCGACCAUCGGCCACGCUCAGAAUGUUUGUGGCUCUUUCAACAAGCAACUCAACUGCUGCAGCGAGGAGCAGGAGAUUGUUGGUCUGGGCUUGCUGUCCAACCUUCUCGGCGGAUUGGGCUUGUUCAACGGAUGCUCUUCUCUCUCCGUUACCGCCCUUAUUGGCCUUGAUGAUAUCCUCAACGACAAGUGCAAGCAGACUGCUGCCUGCUGCGACUCUGGCACCGUCUCCCAGAACGGUCUGAUCAACGUUGGGCUCCCCUGCAUUGCCCUCAAUGAUGUUCUCUAA